AUGUCUAACGUCCCACGUCCGCAAACUAGCACCUCCUCACGGCUCAGCACAGUGCCGUCUCAGAAACCCCGGCAGCUUUCCCACCUACAAGCACAGCUUGCCCAAUUGACAGCCAAUAUGGCCGACCUCGAAAAUCUGAUGCGUACAACUGCUUUCCAAGCACAGAAAAUACGCGGGUUAGGAGGGUAUGCUGGCGGCAUGUUCAUGGCUGCAAGCAAGGUGCUCGGAGAGGAAACAGUCAGAGGAGGCGAUGCAAACUCCAAUGCCGCCCAAACCGGAGAGUCUCGAGACCGGAAACCGUAGCUUGUUUCAUGCCCCGUGCUACUUUGGCUCUCUACGCAGAGCCAUUGUUCUUGAAGGGAUCGUCCCGUGGACCGAUGCAUACCACACGCUAUAAGCGACCGCCUUCAUAUUCCGAGCAGCAGAACAGCCGGGUUUCCAACCACCAAACUUCGUCUAUUUUCAAGCGGAUAUUGAGCGUCUGGAUUUAGGAACCGUCAAAGGGUUCA